ACAACACAACACAACACUUACCACACUACAGCAAAACAACCUUACCUACCUACCUUCCAUCUCCAUUGAUUUCCAAUCCAUUUCAUUACUACAUCUUCUUCUCUUCUCUGCUCAUCUCAUGCACACUGUUGCUCUCCGCAAUUGCUUCAUUAUCAAUUCACCAUAUCUCAUUUCUGAUAGACAGACAGAGAGACAGAGCGUGAUGCAGGAGAGCAAAGAAGGUGCUGAAUACACACGCCAUUCCAGGGCGGCGUUGAAGAGGAAGCUCAUCUGUGAAGACGAAGACGAAGACGAAGAAGAAGAAGAAGCGUCUUCAAUUUCAAUAGCUCAUGUGGUGGAAAUGGAAACUGCUCCAACUGCAGAGGAUGGCGGUUCUCGGGAGAGGCUGAAGAAGCAUUGGGUCGAGGUCGCGGGUCGGGUCCGGAUACCCGACACGUGGGCCCAGGAAUCCUUCCUCAAGGACUGGAUUGACUCUGCAGCUGCCUUCGAUGCCUCACUCCUCACCACCCCGCUCAUGUCCGCCAGAGCCUCGCUCGCCGCCCAAGGACGACGGAGAGCCGCCGGCGCCGGCAACUCCAACAGGUUAAUCAUUUGAGAAUUGGGGACGGAUGCAGCUCAGGAUACAUAUUGAAUGAGAUCACAGAACACACAUUCCAUCUCCAUCAUCCACGCAUUAUUUAUAGAUUUAAAUUGCAGAGAUGAGCUUCUAUUUUUCAUUUAUAUAUUUGAAGGAGAUAAUACCUCAGAGCUGCUGUUAUCUAUCUCUGUGAAGAAUAAAUUAAUCUUCUUAAUUCUCCAGCUCUCA